GUGGGGGCGCGGCAGCCGGGAGCUGGCCGGGACGGCCGCGGGGUUUGGAUUCGCGGAGGUUUGGGAGACUCCGGGCCGCUCGGGAACAGGAGGGCCACCCGGGACUCUGCGGAGACGAUGGCAAAGGAAGAAGGAUCAUCUGUAGAACCCCGCCAAAGGAAAAAGCAAAGAACUUCAGGAAGUCAGGAAGCCAAAGCAGAGAAGAUCCGCAGAACCCCAGCUCCUGAAAGAGCUCCAAAAUAUGUUUCAUUUCAACGUUUUGCAAAGAUCUUCAUUGGCUGUCUUGCAGCCAUUAUUAGUGGUAUGAUGCAUGUUUUCUACCUGUCGGCUUACCACGAACGGAAAUUCUGGUUUUCCAACAGGCAGGAACUUGAACGAGAAAUCACAUUUCAGGGUGACAGUGCCAUUUAUUACUCCUAUUAUAAAGACAUGUUAAAGGCUCCUUCAUUUGAAAGAGGUGUUUACGAGCUGACGCACAAUAACAAAACCAUCUCCCUGAAGACUAUCAACGCCAUGCAACAGAUGUCUUUGUACCCAGAGCUUAUUGCCAGUGUGCUCUAUCAAGCAACUGGUAGCAAUGAAGUGAUUGAACCAGUCUAUUUCUACAUUGGCAUUGUUUUUGGAUUACAAGGAAUAUAUGUUACAGCUUUGUUUGUUACAAGUUGGCUUAUGAGUGGCACGUGGCUAGCAGGAAUGCUUACUGUUGCAUGGUUCCUAAUUAACAGGGUGGACACAACAAGAAUCGAGUACUCCAUUCCCUUAAGAGAAAACUGGGCUCUACCAUAUUUUGCAUGCCAAGUUGCUGCACUUACAGGCUAUUUAAAGAGAAAUGUAAAUACGUACGCAGAGAGGUUUUGCUACUUGUUGCUGAGUACCUCGACGUACACGUUCAUGAUGGUGUGGGAGUACAGCCACUACAUCCUGUUUCUUCAAGCAGUGUCCCUGCUGCUGCUAGACAUCUUCUCAGUGGAGCAAAGUGACAAGGUUUAUGAAGUAUAUAAAAUCUACAUAUUUUCUCUCUUCCUUGGGUAUUUACUGCAGUUUGAGAAUCCAGCUUUAUUGGUGUCUCCUUUAUUAAGCUUAGCAGGAGCGUUCAUGCUUAUUAAGUGCUUUCAGCUGAAUGUGAAAAAAGGAACAUUUGUGGCCAAAGUAAUCAAAGUGUUUGAGUUUUACUUGUUAUGUACUCUGCCGGUGACCUUAAAUGUUAUAGUAAAGAUGUUUGUCCCACACAAAGAAAAUGAGCACGUGCUGAAAUUUCUUGAAGUAAAAUUUGGACUCAAUAUGACUAAGAAUUUUACACUGAACUGGCUCCUUUGUCAAGAAUCUCUCCAGGCACCGUCCCAGGAUUUUUUUUUACGAUUGACACAAUCUUCCCUAUUGCCAUUCUAUGUUUUAGUGUUAACUAUCUGUCUUCUUUCUAUGACACAAGUUACUUUUAGGAGGAUGAGUGGGAAGUCCAAGAAAGAAACCGCAACUCUUGAAGAUGGAAGAAUUGGAGAGAGGCCAGAGAUCAUUUACCAUGUAAUCCACACGCUUUUGCUGGGCUCCCUCGCAAUGCUUGUGGAAGGCUUGAAAUUCAUUUGGACUCCUUACGUGUGCAUGUUAGCAGCAUUUGGUGUAUGUUCCCCCGAACUUUGGAUGACACUUUUAAAGUGGCUUCGAUUAAGAACUGUACACCCAGUAUUGUUGGCUCUUAUUCUGAGCAUGGCUGUGCCCACUAUUAUAGGUCUUAGUUUGUGGAAAGAGUUUUUUCCACGAUUAAUUACAGAAUUAACAGAACUACAGGAAUUCUAUGAUCCAGAUACAGUGGAACUUAUGACCUGGAUAAAGAGGCAAGCUCCAGUUGCAGCUGUGUUCGCAGGAAGCCCACAGUUGAUGGGUGUGAUCAAGCUAUGCACUGGGUGGACUGUGACAAGCUUGCCACUUUACAGUGAUGAUGACCUUCUCAAGAGGAAUGAAAAUAUUUACCAAAUCUAUUCAAAGCGAUCUGCUGAGGAUAUUUAUAAAAUACUGACAUCUUAUAAAGCUAACUACCUAAUUGUAGAAGACGCCAUCUGCAAUGAGAUGGGAACCACGAGGGGCUGUAGGGUUAAAGAUUUGUUAGAUAUCGCAAAUGGACACGUGGUUUUUGAAGAAGGUGACAAAUUAACCUAUUCAAAAUACGGACGAUUUUGUCACGAGGUCAAAAUUAACUACUCUCCAUAUGUGAAUUACUUCACUAGAGUAUACUGGAACAGAUCCUACUUUGUAUAUAAAGUCAACACUGUGAUUUCCUUCCAAUCUUGAACAAUAACAGAGCCUUCAUUUCAAAGACAUGUUACUUGAAGUAAAAUACAAUUUUCUUGGACCUACAGAGUUUCUUACAGAUAGAGUGUGGUAUCUGAAAUGCUGCUAUUCCUCCCCACGCCUGCUGACUCCUGGGUUUAGAGUUUUCUUGGAAGUAGGUGAUGAGAUGUUGAUGUCUUUUAGUAAAAUGUCAAGUCCACCACUGCA